AUGCCUCUGGAAACUACCUUCGCAGUCAACAACUGGACAAUGGAGCAUGAACAGAUUCAGAAGAGGACUUUUACCAACUGGAUAAAUGCUCAGCUCUCUAAGAGAUGCCCUUCCUCCUUCGUGUCAGACCUCUUCGCUGACCUCAAGGAUGGAUCACAGCUGCUCGACCUGCUGGAGGUGAUGACAGGCCAGCCUAUGAGAAGACAGAGGGGCCGAGGAGUAUUCCAGCAGAGGGCCAACAUCGAGACAGCACUGAACUUCCUCAAGAAAAAAUCAAUCAAACUGGUGAACAUAAACACCCCAGAUAUCAUUGAUGGACGGCCCUCCAUCAUCCUCGGCCUGAUAUGGACCAUCAUCCUCCACUGUCAUAUUGAGGAGCUAGCCAGCACUCUCGCCUACAGCUCUUGUCAUUCCUCCCUUGACUCUCUGACCAGCCUGGACUCCUUCUCUGGCAGCCCGGUCCCAGCCAGUCCGGUCCCUGCAGGCCGGACAUCGCCUCUGCACAGACGCUUCCGAAUAUCUGCCAAGAAGGCCCUGCUGAUGUGGGUCAGGGACCAGUGCCAGAAGGUUGGUUGCUCUCUCAGUGUGAAGGACUUUAAGAAGAGCUGGAAGAGUGGCGAGGCUUUCUUGGCCAUCCUGUGCUCCCUCAGACCACAGCUGGUCGACCUCUCUCUGGUCCGGUCUGGAAGCAACCAAGAGAACCUGGAGGAGGCGUUUCACCUGGCAGAGAGAGAGCUCCACAUCCCCCGGCUGCUGGAGCCCCAGGACGUUGAUGUUAAAGACCCUGAUGAGAAGUCCAUAAUGACAUAUGUGGCCCAGUUUCUCCAGUACUCUAAUGACAUGCCAUCACCUGAUGACCACCUGCAGCUGUUUCCUCUGAUCGAGCCUUCUUCUCUCCCAACUGUCAACCUGUCUGCUCACUUUGCUCCGGCAUUCGCUGUCUCACCGUUACGCCAGGUCCCUCCAAGUGAGCGUGCCCAGGAAGUGACCUGUUGGCUGCAGCAAACCUACCAAGAGCUGCUAGAGGCUCGGACAGCUACAGAAAACUCAAGCUUUGCUGAAAGAUAUCAGGUGUUUCAGAGACUCGCUGACUCCUUCACUGAGCAAAGGAAACCAGUGAUGACCCUCCUUGCUGCCAUAAGACGCUGCCCUGAGCUGAGUCAGGAGCAGCGAGCUCUGAAGACGGCGUGGGAUGGCCUGGAAGAGGAGCUGCGGAAAUGUAAAGCAGACCUGGACUCAAGUCUUCCUCCUCCGCUAGACUCGGUUGUUGAUUGGCUGCAGCGUGUGGAGGCCGCGCUAACAGAAGAGGGAGGGAAACAGAAAGCUCAUGCUGAUGCUGCAAAGAAUGCGAGAGCUCAACAAGACAAGUUGAAGACUUUGAUGAAAGAGAUGAGGCAUCAUGUCAACAUCCUCGAUACCUUCAAAAACAUGGACAACUCAGGAAGCGUAGUCGUGCCACUUGAGAAAUUGGACGAGGUAAAAAGACGCUUAACUGAUGUCCGAGUCACAGCCAAGUAUCAAGGGAUCAAGCUGGAAUACCAGGAAUCGCGUCACACUGUGCUGGAUCUCUUGGGCCACAUUAAGGCUAAAAUUCAGAUCUGGAGAACUCCCUACAGAUCCCAGGAGGCAGUGACUCAGCUUCUGCAGGAGUGGCAUCACGUCUCUGCCAACACGUAUGAAGCUAACCACGACCCCCAUCUGUUCGCUGCCUCCCUCCCUGAUGGCGCCGCGUGCCAGGGGAGGCCUUCUGCAGCACACUCACCCGGCCUCUACCCAUGA